UCCGCGCAGAGUAGGGGGAGGGGGCGCCUGAGAGCAGGGUCAGGGACUAAGGCUCGGGGAUCCGGCCCCACUCGGGCCCCUGGGCGCUGCCGGAGCUCCCACGCCCCGCCCGCCAGCCCCGCGGGCCCUGCGCAAUUCCCGGCGAGCGGCGCCAGGCCGCCCGGGGGCGGGGCGGAGCCGGGGCCGGGGGGUGCCCAGCCGACCCGGCGCUGCGCCCGCGACUCCGCAGCCCAAGCGCAUUUGGUGGGGCGGCCCGGCAAGGGAGCGCGCACGGAGCGCGGGACGGAGCGCCGGGCGGACGGACCGACGGACGGACGCCCCCGCACACGCAGACGCACAGAGCUCAGCGCGGCCCCCGUCACACACACACACUCGCGCAGACACACACAGGAACACACGCAGACACACGCACACUCGCGCGCGCACAUCCUCCCGCCAGCCUGCCCGCCCGCCCGCUCGCCGGCGCCCGGAGCCCGCUCUGGCCGUGUGCUUUUUGCUGAGAAGCUUCCGGCCCUGGCCCCCGAUGGCGCCUUUCCCCAUCUGGACACCUUGGGAAUGAAUUAUGAGGAAGCCAGGAGCGAGAGAGAGAAGCCCCCAGCCGAUGACUCCGAGGGAGGGGCCCUGGACAUGUGCUGCAGCGAGAGGCUGCCGGGUCUCCCCCAGCCGGUAGUGAUGGAGGCGCUGGACCAGGCCGAAGGGCUCAUGGACUCGCCCAGAGAGAUGCCUCCGCCCCUGCCGCCUUCACUGCCCUCGGAGCCCGCUCAGAAGCCGCCACCUCAAGGCACCGGGAGCCACUCCCUCCAUGUCAGAAGCAGCCUGUGCCUGUUGGCUGCCUCGCAGUUCCUGCUUGCCUGCGGGGUGAUCUGGCUCAGCGGCUAUGGCCCCAUCUGGUCACAGAAUGCCACAGACCUCCUCUCUUCCUUGUUCACACUCCCGGAACAGCUGGGACCCAUGGCCUGGCUGGGUGUUGGGACCUGGGAAGUCCCCAGUCUGCUGCUGGUUACUCUGUGUGUGAUCCUCAUUACCACCCUGGCAUGGCACCUCCUGAGGGCCCCCCCAGAGCCACCUACCGCACCGCCCCCUGAGGACAGGCGCCAGUCAGUGAGCCGCCAGCCCUCCUUCACUUACUCAGAGUGGAUGGAAGAGAAGGCCGAGGAUGACUUCCUGGACUUGGACCCCGUCCCUGAGACUCCUGUGUUUGACUGUGUGAUGGACAUCAAGCCUGAGGCCGACCCUGCCUCACUGACUGUCAAGUCCAUGGGUCUACAGGAAAGGAGGGGCUCCAACGUCUCCCUGACCCUGGACAUGUGCACACCGGGCUGCAAUGAGGAGGGCUUUGGCUACCUCAUGUCCCCACGAGAGGAGUCAGCCCGGGAGUACCUGCUCAGCGCCUCCCGGGUCCUGCAGGCCGAGGAGCUUCACGAGAAGGCCCUGGACCCCUUCCUGCUGCAGGCAGAGUUCUUUGAAAUCCCCAUGAACUUUGUGGAUCCAAAGGAGUAUGACAUCCCUGGGCUGGUGCGGAAGAACCGGUAUAAAACCAUCCUUCCCAACCCCCACAGCAGAGUGUGUCUGACCUCACCAGACCCUGAGGACCCUCUGAGUUCUUACAUCAAUGCCAACUACAUCCGGGGCUAUGGUGGGGAGGAGAAGGUGUACAUCGCCACUCAGGGACCCAUCGUCAGCACGGUUGGGGACUUCUGGCGCAUGGUGUGGCAGGAGCACACGCCCAUCAUCGUCAUGAUCACCAACAUCGAGGAGAUGAACGAGAAGUGCACUGAGUAUUGGCCGGAGGAGCAGGUGGUAUACGACGGUGUGGAGAUCAUCGUGCAGAAAGUCAUUCACACUGAGGAUUACCGGCUGCGACUCAUCUCCCUCAGGAGUGGGACUGAAGAGCGAGGCCUGAAACAUUACUGGUUCACGUCCUGGCCCGACCAGAAAACCCCAGACCGGGCGCCCCCACUCCUACACCUGGUGCGGGAGGUGGAGGAGGCAGCCCAGCAGGAGGGGCCCCGCUGUGCCCCCAUCAUCGUCCACUGCAGCGCGGGGAUCGGCAGGACGGGUUGCUUCAUUGCCACCAGCAUCUGCUGCCAGCAGCUGAGGCACGAGGGAGUGGUGGACAUCCUUAAGACCACGUGCCAGCUCCGCCAGGACAGGGGCGGCAUGAUCCAGACAUGCGAGCAAUACCAGUUCGUGCACCAUGUCAUGAGCCUCUACGAGAAGCAGCUGUCCCGCCAGGCCCCAGAGUGAUGGCACUCCUGCCCUGAGGUCCUCUGGGCACCACCCAACCUGAGUCUGGGCCCCCACCCUGGCCGCGGGCAGAGCCCUGCCUUGGGCCUGGCCUGGCCUGCCCCCCCCCAUCCCUGCCCCUCCUGCUUCCUUCUCUUCAGUCUGCUCCCUUCCUUCCUCCUUCUCCUCCUCCUCCAUCAGCCUUGGCCUGGCCCCAGGCCCCCCCCCCCCAAUAUAGCUCUUCCUACUGUACAUACUGGGGAGGGGGGCGGAGAGGGGGAGGGAUAUGCCAGGCCAGGCCUGGGGCCCUGGGGCCUGACCCGCGCCAUGCAGACCUGGGGCCUCAGUUUUUAACUAUGGUUCCAUUGCUACUUGAUCCAAAACGUUUCUGUGCCGCACUCCCAAGUGUCUUGCCGCAGUGUGUCUUUCUGUCUACCCGUCUCUGCUGUCUAUACCGGCCACUGUGUCUUCAGCCCGGGAAAGGGGUCGUGAGCUCCAGCCCCAAAGCAGCCCAGGCCAAGGCACCUGCCUCGGGCCCCCACCCCCGCUUCCCAUGCAGCAGAUUGCAUUUUGCCCCACUUAUGGGGACCGGAUGGGGAGCUCCUGAGGAGUUGACUGAGAGAUCUCAGCUGGGGGAAAGGUCUCUGGGUUGGGGUGGGGAGGGUGGAAUGUCACAGCAAGGGUGACCUCCUGGUGUCAGAUGCCCUCAGGAGGCAGUGACCAGCCUGUGAGGCAUGGGAGGAAGAAUGAGGGGGGUGGCUGUGAACCCAGAGGACCUGGGCCCCAGUGGGCGUGGAAGAAGGGGGCGCUCUGAGGGCGGGGUGGGGUUUGGGCCCCAGAUCUGUGUGAAACAUUUCUCUGUGUCCCUGUGGGAAAGCCUUCCCAGCAGUCCCGCUGCGUGUCGCUCUGCGUGUGUUCCCGUGUCCAUGCGUGUGUUGAGAGCCCGGCAGCAGGGCGUGCAUGACUCUUGGCAACAUGUGUUAUCUUGGAGCCACGUGUUUUUAUUGCUGACUUUAAAUAUUUAUUCCACGGCAGACAGAGACAUUUGGUGUCUUUUUAUAAUUUGCUCGUGGUCAUUGAAUAGAGCAAUAAACAGAGCAUUUUGAGCAAAA